GAAAUGUUACGACCACCCUUCAUCCUCGCCAUUCAUCGCGAGAAAAAAAUCGACGUUGGAAGUCAGCUGCUUCGAAGGCUUGGGAGAGCGAGUGCAUUCGCACCGAACUGCGGAAUUCAGUAUUGAAGUUAGUGUUGUUGUGCGCGGUGCCCAGGAAAUGUCUGCUUCCCGUGACAAUCAAAAUACAGACCAGCCGCUUCUCGAAGGAUACUUCUUAAUUAAUAAAAAAGGACCAUGGGUUCUAAUGACUCUUUCGAAGCAGAAAAUCACCUACAAAGCGGACUUCGUUAAUUCAAAAUCUACUAUUAAAAUGAAAAGACUCAUUGCUGCAACUCCAUGUGAUUGUUCUGUAGCUACACCAGUUAAUUAUUGCUAUUACUGCAGAAAAUUGGAAUUUCGUUCCGAUUUUAUGUCGCCAGAAUCAUAUCCUAGUUAUCCCAGGAAUAUGCGAUUGCACCGUAUUGCUGAUUAUGGAAGGCACAUGUAUAGAGUGAAAAGUGAAAUUUUCCAACCUGCUAAUAUCACAACUUUAAAACAGUGGCUAGAUACAACACAACAAGUGAUAUCUGAAUACAAGAGACCUAAACGAUUGCUUGUAUUUAUCAAUCCAUACGGGGGGAAGAAAAAAGGAGUUAAAAUUUAUGAGAAGAAAGUUCUACCUCUGUUUCAUUUAGCUAGAAUACAAGUUACUUCUGUUGUUACACAAAGGCCAAAUCAUGCAAAGGAAAUGAUUGAAGACAUUGAUACAUCAAAAUUUGAUGGAAUUGUGUGUGUUGGAGGUGAUGGUAUGUUCAGUGAAGUUCUGAACAGUGUUCUUUUAAAGACCCAGAAAGACAAAGGGAUUGAUUCGAAUGAUGUUUAUAAUAAACUAAAAAUUCCUAAGAUACCUUUGGGAAUAAUUCCCGCUGGAUCUACAAAUGCUGCUGUUAAUUGUAUAACCGGCUCCUCUGAUCCCAUUACUGCUACUCUUUUCAUAAUACAGGGUAAGAACACAGGUGUUGAUGUUUGUGGUGUAUAUAGCGCUGGUCGCCUUCUUCGUUACGCUGUGACAUUCCUAUCGUAUGGUUACUUUGGUGAUGUUAUCCGAGAUAGUGAAAAACUCAGGUGGAUGGGUCCAAAACGUUAUGACUUUUCAGGUUUUAAAAAUAUUUUGCGCCGAAAGUUGUAUGAGGGAGAAUUGCAGCUACUGGUUGAUGUUCCUACUGAUUCUACUUCAUGGAGACACGAACGAUGUUUGGCCGAUUGUAAGACCUGUUCUGAAACUAGAAGCGAUUUAAAACAACCUGAAGAUAAACAAAAUUCAGAGAAAAAAAUUAGAUGGAUAUCUGUUCGCGGACGAUUUAUUGCAGUGAAUGCUGCUGUUAUGAGCUGUGCUUGCUGUAUGUCUACAGAAGGAAUUUCGCCCUCUCAGCAUUUAGGCAAUGGCUACUGUGAUGUUAUAACUGUGUCUUCAUGUUCAAGACUGAAUUACUUAAGAUAUCUCUUGAGAACAUCUUAUCAUCACAGUGAUCCUUUCGACUUGAGCUUUGUUAAGGUUUACAGGGUCCGAGAAUUCAAGUUUAAUCCUAUGAUAUCCGAUGACAAGACCCCUGCAAUUGGUUGCAAGGGAAUUCAAGACAAUUGGCAAGAACUCAAUACUAGCAUAUGGGAUUGUGAUGGAGAAAUUAUUAAUGAGCCAUCCAUAACAGCAAAGAUUCAUUGUCAACUUAUCAAUGUAUUUGGACGAGGAUAUAUUGAUAGAAAAAAGAAGUCUCCAUCUUCUACUUGGUCACAAUGCUUCCCAUUUUUUAAGAAAUCGUAAACUUCUUAUCCAUUUUAGAGAUAAUGAACUGCACAGGGAUAAUAUUUUAAAUGGAAUUUCCAAUAUAUACUUAAACCAACAGAUUAAUUGAUCUAGAAGAUAUGUGAUUUUAAAAAUCAUUCCAUCUACUAAAAGUAAUGCUAUUUCGAUUUUAUGUGAAAAAAUGCCCUAUAUGACUAAAUAUGAUAUACAUGUAAUAUGUGACAAAGUAUUUAAAGAAUACUCCUGUUUGCAAGGUGGUUUUCAUUUAAUUUUUUGUUUUGAUGCUUGAAAUCCAUUAAAAUGUAAUUUCCAUAGUUAUAUAAGUUUGGAAACUUAUAUAAUAGCUAUAUAAAUAUUUUAUUUCACAUUUUAUAAUAUCUGAUAAGUGUGUAUCUAGAAUAUUUGUAUUCACUUAUCAAAAGAACUCAAUGUUUGAUAUUUAAAAAAGUAAAGAAUUAGAAUAUUAUCGAUGCUAUUUUUUAAAGGAUUGUUCAUUAUAGGAAAGAUAAAUAUUUUGCUUUAUUAAUAUGGAAUUUAAAAUUAAGACCAAACUUUUUGCCCAGUACAUACCUCAAUAUCAAAUUUUUUUUGCAGUUACAUUUGGAAGCUUAGAUGUGGUAUUUAGAUGAUAAUAAUAAUUUAUAUUAAUUGAGACUCGUAUCUGGAGCCUAAUCUUAUAUCUGACUGAAAUCUCUUAUUUUAGACAGUUAAAAACUUAUACUUAAAAUAUAUUUGAAAAUGUAUUUGUUAAAAAUCCAUUUUAAUUAAACUUUAUUUUAUUAAGUAUACAAGUUGUACCAUUUCAUGUUUUACAAAAACUGAAUAAUUUAUUUAAUUUUUAAUUUUUUUUAAUUUUAAGAUAUCAAAAUAGUAGUUAUCUGAAAAUCACUUUGUACUUAGUAUAGGUGAUCUGUAUUGUAAAGCAUUUGUUGCAUUUGGAUAAUUUAAAAUCAUUUUAUUUAAAUACUGUUUCUACAUAUUUAUUUUAUUUAUUGCACAUAUUAUUUAUUAUUGAUAUAUUAAGUGUAAAUGUGUUGUCAUCUGUGUAUUAUAUGUAUAUAUUUGUACAGAU